GACGCGUUAUAACCAUUAGGUCGCGGUGUAAGUUGUAAACACGCAGCUCUAACUGUAAAAUCUCCAUUUUGAAUGUUUUUAUAGCAAAGUUAGCGCCUGUUCGCAGCUGGUUAAAGUUGACACAUGAAUCGAGGAGUUUUAAUUCUCUGAUCACUCGUCGCGUUGUGAUUUCAACUGGAUGGGAAUUUUGGUUGCACGGAUUUUUUCUCCUGCGCUGUUUUUAAACUUGUGAGAUUGUUGAAACGACUUUGACGGACUGGUUGCAGAAGUGCUCGGUGUUGCUAACGGCUAGCAGCAGAGGGGAAGGAAAAAAAAAAAACAAACAAAACACAAAAUACUAAACAAAACCAUGUCAGAUGAGGCACCAAAACAAAACAGGAACUUAAACAUCGAACGCAGUGAAACAUGGAGCCAGGAAGUGUGAAGAACGGCACUAAGAGAGAUGAGCAUCUGAUACCGCUGAAUUUCAGCGAGAGCCCAGCUGAGGGAGUUUUGCACAACGGAGCACGCAGUGCCAUGUCAUUUGCCCCAACCACUGUAGUGCCUCCUGUCAGCCCGCUGUUGCAGCCAGUGACUGGAGAUCUCCCCAAUGGUGUGAGCAACACCCCCCCUCUGGAGGACAUCACCAUCACUUUACCGUCCCCUCUGGAGCUCUACGUGGAGGACCCAGACCUAAAAAUGGUUGGGAAGGACUUGAGGUCUCUGCAGUCCUAUCAGCAGCAGUCCUCUCUGGGGCUUUACAGCUUGGGGGAUAAUUUCUCCCGUCUGGAGGCUAGCAUCGCCGAUCUCAACAGCUCCUUGCCGACUAUGGACUCCUUAAUCGGAGGAGGGGAUCCUACUCUUUCCCCUCUAAAAAAUGAGGACUUCUCACCAAUGGGGAAAGGGGACAUGGAUCUUGAGCAGGAUCCUUUCGGGAAAGAUACAGACACCAGUACCCCGAAGCUCUUCAGUGAGAACACCAUGGACCUCCUGCAAGAGUUCGGCUUGCCUGAGUCACCUACAGAUUUCUACGUGGGAGAUGACGAGUUCCCUCCGUUGGUCGAUGACACUCUGCUCGGAGACAUCGUUUCUGACAAGGACUCUAAGGCUGCAGACAUGUUGAGCCCCACCACCACUGUCAGUAACAUCAACGGUGCAGCCAGCUCAACUCCUUCCAGCAUAUCCACAGGCAGGCCGACCCUGGUGAUCAAGCAGGAGAAGGAUCCCAUGAUUCAGCUGUGCACCCCAGGUGUCAUCAAGCAGGAGAACACCAGCGGGAGGAGCUUCUGUCAGGUGACCUCAGACCUCUCGAACCCAUUGAGGAAUGUUUCCAUCGCCAUCUGUGGUGUCAGCACAUCAAGCGGUCAGAGCUACCACUUCGGAAGCCCGGUGUCCAGCGGCAGCCAGCAGAAAGAUCAGAAACCUGUUUUUAACAUAUACACACCACAGGCUACAGGCGACGAGUGGGGCCGAGGAUUCAGAAACGCAAGCACCGUGCAGCAGAGACCGAGCAACAGUUUCACUGCCACACAGAGCUUCACUACCAACUAUGCCAGCUUGACUGCCAGGCCUGAGGCCAACACUGCCAUGUCCUCGGGCACAGGGAAGGCCAGCGGUACACACAAAAUCUGCCUGGUGUGUUCAGAUGAGGCGUCAGGCUGCCACUAUGGAGUGCUCACCUGCGGCAGCUGCAAAGUCUUUUUCAAAAGAGCUGUGGAAGGGCAACACAAUUAUCUGUGCGCCGGGCGAAACGACUGCAUCAUCGACAAAAUCCGCAGGAAGAACUGUCCCGCCUGCCGUUUCCGCAAGUGCCUCAUGGUUGGCAUGAACCUGGAAGCACGGAAAGCCAAGAAGCUAAAGAUGAAGGGUGUACAGCAGACCAACACGGCCGAGCUGACUCCUCCUCCGGUGCCCGAGGCUCGAGCGCUGGUCCCCAAAGCCAUGCCGCAGCUGGUGCCCACCAUGCUGUCGCUGCUGAAAGCCAUCGAGCCCGAGACCAUUUACGCCGGCUACGACAGCACGCUCACAGACACCUCCACACGGCUCAUGAACACCCUGAACAGACUUGGAGGACGCCAGUUCAUCUCCGCUGUCAAGUGGGCCAAAUCUCUGCCCGGUUUCCGGAACCUUCACCUGGACGACCAGAUGACUCUGCUCCAGUCCUCCUGGCUCUUCCUCAUGUCGUUUAGCCUGGGCUGGAGAUCUUACCAACAGUGCAAUGGCAACAUGCUCUGUUUCGCCCCAGACCUGGUGAUCAAUGAGGAGAGGAUGAAAAUGCCCUACAUGGGUGAUCAGUGUGCACAGAUGCUGAAGAUUUCCAACGAGUUUGUGAGGCUGCAGGUGUCAAACGAGGAGUAUCUGUGCAUGAAGGUCCUCCUGCUGCUCAGCACAGUGCCAAAGGACGGGCUGAAGAGCCAGUCUGUGUUCGACGAGAUCAGGAUGUCGUACAUUAAAGAACUGGGUAAAGCCAUCGUGAGGAGGGAAGAGAACUCCAGCCAGAACUGGCAACGAUUCUACCAGCUCACUAAGCUACUGGACUCCAUGCACGACAUGGUGGGUGGACUGUUGAACUUCUGCUUCUACACGUUUGUGAACAAGUCUCUGAGCGUGGAGUUCCCCGAGAUGCUCGCCGAAGUCAUCAGCAACCAGCUACCAAAAAUCAAAGCCGGGAGCGUCAAGCCGCUGCUCUUUCACCAGAAAUGAAAGAAAAUAAAGUUGUUUUUUCCCAGCAGCAGGACAACAUGCCUUAAUGCUACAACACAUCACCAAGCGUUCCUCACGAACCACACUGAGGGACGGAGAGACACAGUAGGUUGGACGGAGGGCUUGUGAGGGAGGAAACACGAUGUUCGGGAUGGAGGGGUGAACGAACAGUAUGCAAGCGAUCCAGCACAGAACAACGAUGGACAAGUUUAAAGACGGGUAAACGACAGGAAUCUCAGCGCUACAGAAUACAGUCAGAAUUAUCGUCUGGUGGAUGGAAAAGAAAUUAUAUCAUCAAUGUUGUCUCAGGUGUUUGAUUCUCAACAUUACAAUAAGUAGUAAAGCUCUUUCUACACAUCACCUGUUUUUUUUUUUGUUUUUUGUUUUUUUUUGUUUGUUUUUUUGUUUGUUUGUUUUGGUGCAAAGCAACAUCAUAGCACUUAUUGUCAAUAUGCUAAAAAUACAUAUACGAGAUUUCGAUUUUCAGAUCUUUAAUUUCUGUCAUAAAAAUUUUUAAAAACUUAUUCCGUCUUCUGAUGUGCAUCAUGUUGAAUCAUUUCAGUAACGUGUACAGACAUGUGGUUUAGACUUUGUUUGAGGUUGGACAGUUACUUGCACAGAACAGCUUUAUUUUUUCUUUAUGUUAAUGCUCACCAGCCGCUAACUGCUUUGCUGAAUCUCAGUUAUACCAUUAUAGCAAAAAGGGAAAAUAUGUGCCUUUUUUUGAGCUUUGUCCCAUUUUAGCCCUUUUUUGUGUACCAGUGCAUAACCCAGCAUCCUGCAUCCAACCUGUUAGAUAUUACAUUUGAUUGUAUUUUUAUACCCACUUGCACUGGCCAUUUUAUUUUCCUCUAAAGCAGCACCAUUAUAUUUUUCCUUCCUGGCAGCUGACAUACAUAAGCGUGAACUACAGUAAUCCUUCCUGCUCUCGGAAAUUUUUUAGGAGUUGGAUCCACUUUGGCCGACCUGUUGGACGUCUUGUCGACUAAAAUGCAAUCUGUAAGCACUUUUUCCACUCAUUCAACGCUUUAAAAGAAAAAGGUAAGACGAAAGCUCACACGUUUACGCGUGAGCUUGUGUUCAUGUUAGCGUUCGCCUCAGAGAGCCACGGUGGAGUCGCCGUAUGGUGUAGGAAUGACUUCAUGCAAUGUGAAUUGUGUUCAUCAUAAGAGUUCUGAUCUUUUUUUCUUUUCUUUUCUUUUCUUUUCUUUUCUUUUUUUGGUCUUUUUGUUUUUGUGUGCGUCAUCAAGUACGGAGGAAAACACAGAUCAUACAAACCAUCCUGCAAAUAGAGACAGACUCACUGAACGGUAGUGAAUGAAAUACAGUACAAUCAUUAUAGAGCUCUUUAUUUUUCUCUUGCACUUAUCUGUUUAUUUGUCUCUUUCUCUCUCUCGCGCUUUCUCUCUGUCUGUCUGUUUAUUCUUUCUCCAUAUCACCGUUUUUCUCUUUCUUCUGCUUUCUCUCCCUGCAUCUUUCUUCAACACACACAACUCUUCUGUCUCAGCUUAAUGCCAUUGUUCCUCUCUCACACACACGUACGCAUGUUAUCCUCGCUCUCUCUGCUGUUUAAUCAGUCUAACUAACACUUGCGCUAAUAAUCUUGCUUGGACCAUUUCUCAGAUAAAGAGCAACAUGCUAGCCUCAUACUCACUUCUCGGGGAAUUUCUACAAGCCUGUAUUUGUUGUAUUCUACUCUUUCUGUGCCAAAAUGUGUAUUACUUUCUGAUUUUUAGACGCGCAAAUCUAUGCUUGUCUUAACAGUUGUCAAGAGUUCUGCUGAGCAGGAAAUGGAGAAAAAGAUAAAUAAGAUGGAAUAUUUUCAUUUUCCUCUGUAAAAGCCUAUUACAUGUUUAAUACAUGAAUAAAAAGACCAGAUUAUA